GUCCUUUCGAGUCAUUCUCAUCAGGGAGCAUCACUAGCUAUGGCCAAGAAACUUAGCGAAAUUCAUCGCACCGCGACCUUUGCGUGGGGUCCUGGACAGCAAUUACCGCUCCUUGCCGCUGGUACUGUGGCGGGCGCUCUCGAUGAUUCUUUUUCAAACGCGUCCGAACUCGAAUUAUUCAAACUUGACCUUUCUGGACCUCAGACCGGCCAAGGGUUGGAAGCCACGGGCAAAGUGAAUAGCAGCUCAAGAUUCAAUACUUUGGCAUGGGGACAGGCAUCAUCUGACAAACCCUAUGGUAUCAUUGCCGGUGGUAUGGAGAAUGGCGAACUCGCGUUGUGGGACCCAAGCGCUAUUCUCGAUAACAAAGGUGAUGCUGCACUAAUAUCCACCAACUCCAUGCACACAGGCUCUUUGAGAGGCCUGGACUUUAACUGGCAACAACCCAACAUUCUUGCAUCGGCUGGUAGCAACGGCGAGGUAUAUAUUUGGGAUCUUACAAGCCCCAAGAAACCAUAUACCCCUGGCGCCCGAUCGGCCAAGAUGGACGAUAUCACCGAUGUUGCGUGGAAUUGUCAGGUGCAACAUAUUUUAGCCACUUCUUCUACUACCGGGCACACGGUUGUAUGGGAUCUUCGCAAUCGAAAGGAAGUAAUGACAUUGACCUACUCUGGCCAAGCCGGCAGUGGUGUGAGCGCUGGCAAUCGACGUGGCGUUACUGCUAUCAGCUGGCAUCCUGAUGUGGCGACACAACUGGUCACUGCCGCGGAAGAUGAUAAUAACCCCGUCAUCACUUUAUGGGAUCUUCGUCACGCGCAUUCGCCUGAAAAGACAUUGGCAGGCCAUACCAAAGGCAUUUUGGGUGUUUCUUGGUGUCGUCAGGAUUCCGACUUGUUAAUGUCCUGUGGCAAAGAUUGCAGAACCCUUUGCUGGAACCCUCGUACCGGUGAAAUGCUCGGUGAGCUGUCUCGCAGCAGUAACUGGACCUUUGAAGCCGAAUGGUGCCCUCGCAACCCGGAUUUGCUCGCUUCGGCCUCCUUCGAUGGUCAGAUCAAUGUUUACUCUCUUCAAGGAUCAAGCGCUGAAGAUACAGCCGCGGCUGAAGCUGAACAACAAGCUGCCAAUGCAGACGAUCCAUUUUCCGCCGCCAUUUUAGCCGCCGCUCCUCGUGCCGAAACCUUUUCAUUGAAGCAGCCUCCCAAAUGGCUCCGACGACCUGUAGGCGCGUCGUUUGGCUUCGGUGGUAAGCUUGUCACCUUCAAUAACAAGGCUGGCGAAAUCGCGGCCAAAGCUGCCGCGACCCUUCCUCCCGGCACCGCUCCAGCCCCCCAAACGGUGCCUCGUAACGUCAAGAUGACCGCUAUAGUUACGGAUCCCGAGAUCGUGACGCGUUCCGAAGAACUCGAGAAAGCCGUGGCCGAGGAAAGAUUUGAUCAUUUGAUUGACGAGCGGUGUCAGCAAUCCGCUUCAAAGAAAGACAACGAUGACCAGGAAAGCUGGCAAGUACUUCGUACUUUAUUCGCCGAACAUGCCCGAGAACAGUUAAUGGAUCAUCUCGGAUUCAAGAAAGAGGAUGUCCUGGCCGCUGUCAAAGCAGCCACGGGCGGCCAAUCAGAAACUGAAGUAAAGAAAGAAGAACCAUCUUCUGCUGCUGCUGCUGCUGAGCCGACGGAAUCUACUAUCGAAACCGCUGAGACGGAGCAAAAAGAAGCCGCUGAUGAAGUGUCUACCCAUGAAGAGACGCAAGAGCCAACCGACGAAGCCGCUGAUGAAGUGUCUACCCAUGAAGAGACGCAAGAGCCAACCGACGAAGCUGCUGAGUCACAAGAUGACACGGGCAAGCGUGGUGAUGCGCUUUCAGGUUUAUUCAAAUCGUCCGAUGUGACUUCUCCCGAAGAAGAUUUCUUUGUACAGACUAGCCAGCAAUCGGAACAACAGCAAGCAGCGGCCGCUGCGGAGGUCCGUGAACCACUUGAAUUAUAUCCAUCCAGCAGUUCGGAUACGGACCGAUCCAUUACCCGUGCUAUUGUUACCGGCGAUUUUGAAUCCGCAGUUGAACUAUGCUUCAAUGCCGAACGAUUUUCGGAUGCCUUGUUGCUCGCAAUUUGUGGAGGCAAUGAUUUGCUCGCGCGUACGCAGAAACGCUACUUUGAACAGCAAUCCAAAAAGACAUCGUACCUUCGUUUACUCGAAAGUAUCGUCAACCAAGAUUUGGCCAGCGUUGUGUACAGUGCCAGUUUGAACGAUUGGACUUCGGUGCUCGCUGUGCUUUGCACGUUUGCUCGUUCGGAUGAAUUUGGAUCACUUUGUGAAAUUUUGGGUACGCGAUUGGAAGAAGCCUGGCGCUCCGACAAGUCGAAGCAUGCCGAUCAUCUUCGCCACGCUAUCUUGUGCUACCUUGCUGCCGGUAAUUUGCAAAAGGUGUCUGCCAUUUGGAUUGACGAGCAUGAAGAGGAAAACAAGGCGGCCAAGCAAAAGGGCAUGCUCGAUAAAAGUUACAGCGACAGUCUUCAGAAUCUGAUUGAAAAGGUGACGGUAUUCCGCAAGGCCAUCAAUUUCGAAGAUACCGCGUUGGUGGAAGAAAAACCAUCGGGUGAAUAUGAACUGUCGGCAUUGUACGACAAGUAUUGCGAGUACGCCGAAUUGUUGGCCACGCAAGGCAAAUUGUCGGUGGCCUUGAAGUACAUUAAUCUGACGCCCGCCGUGUAUCGACAGAUCAUGGCCGAUCGAUUAGCCAUUACCCGCGACCGUAUUUAUCAUGCCUGCAACAGUCAAACAGAAAGUCAAUACGUCCAACCUGUUUUCCCCUUCGAAGCUCAACCUUUGCUUUCUGAAUUUGAACUGCAAACCGCCAAUACUUACGCCACCGGUACCGCUUACGAAACGACUCAGCCGGCUGUUCAACCUACUGUUCAACAGCAGCAACAACAACAGGCCCCGUCCCAAGUCUAUGAAACGUACAAGCCGUAUCAAUCGGCAAUGGCGGCUUCCACCGCGCCUGUACAACCCAUGGCUCCCUCUUACGCACCUGUUUCGCAGUCUUUCCCUGGUGUCAACAACUAUCAGCCUCAGCCUGCCAUGUCUAAUGCGUCAGGUUAUCAAGGAACGGCCGAUGUGAACGGUACAUCGCAGUAUGGUGGUUACGCUCCCACCGCCUAUGGCCAACCGGCCCCUGCUGCCUAUGACAACUAUGCUGCUGCAGGUACGUAUGGUGCUUACGGUGGAGGAGGAUAUCAAGUGCCACAACCUGCUGCACCGGUUGCACCUCCGCCAGCGUCCACUGUACCACCUCCACCACCAAAGUCAUCCAUGCCUAGUGCGAUGCACGCGCCUCGAAGUGGUUCAGGCCAUUGGAAUGAUCCGCCCAUGUUGGCCAGUCCCAGUAUGGUGAAGAGCCCCAAAGUGUCGGCCGCAACAGCUACAAAGCGAGUGACUUCGCCGUUCCCCAACAUGCCUUCGGCGAACUCAUUUGUUGCUCCACCUCAACAGCCUUACAUGCAGCAGCCACCGGUGGCCGCGACUCCCCCACCGCCCAUGAAUGCUGUCGCGCCCACUCCUUUGGCUAGACAACAGCAACAAGCCAAUCCGGCCUAUUUUGCUCCCUCUGUGCCUGCCAAGUCGCCAGCGACUCCUCCACCUGUCCAGGCACCUCAAGCAAGACCUCCUCCUCCUCCCAUGGGACAACAACAACAACAACAGCAACAACAUCAACAAAAUGUACCGUCAGCACCUUAUGCUCCCAAUCCUUACGCGCCAUCGCCGCAGCAACAGCAUCAACAGCCACCUCAGGGAAUGGCCGCUCCGGCGCCUGGACCUUAUGCACCACAACGACCGCGAUUUGCUGGAACACCUCCGCCUCCCUCCAUGGCAGGUCCGCCUCAACCGGGUGCACCAUCCCAUCCUAUGCCUCAAAACCAUGUUAGCCCACCCAACGCUGCGCCUCCCGCCGCAGCACCACCGGCUCCUGCACCGGAACCAGUGAAAAAGAGACAUCCUAAAGAUGAUCGAAGCCAUAUUCCUGCCGAUCAACGUCCCAUUCAUCAAAUUUUAGCCAAUGAGAUGCAACAAGCAAGGCAGCGAGCUGCAGUAAGUGGUUGUGAGGUUUUGGACUCGGUGAACGGCUUGACUGAUCACAAUUUUGUUGGAUAUAGCCUAACCAAAAGAAGAUGAUGGAUGAUACGGAAAAGCGUCUGAAUACACUGUUUGACAACAUGAAUAAUGGUGAAUUGUCAGACGACGUGGCAAAACAGAUGCUCUCAUUAGUGCAAGGUAUGUAGCACUGGAUGGGCGCAAGAUAAAGAAAUAACAGGUUUUUGACUAACGUGUUUCAUGGGGUUGCAGCUUUACAAAACCGGGAUUACA